AUGGCGCUUCAAAAGGAAGAUCAAGAACUGAUGAAGAGCAGGAGAAAGAUCAGUGCGAAGACCAAAGCUCAGAAGACCAAACCCAACCGACAGCUAAACAAAACCGCCAGGUCCAGAAGAGCGCUCCCACUGGAGACGCGGCGCUUAUGCGGGCACCAGUGUGGAAAGAGCUUCUCAGACGCCAAGCGCCUUAAAAGACAUGUACCAUUCACUCCACAGAGAAACCUUCACGUACCAGCAGUGUGGGAAAACGCUCAAGUUGAACAAAUACCUCUUGACUCACAAGACGGUCCACACCAAAAGAGAGGCUCCUUCACCUGCACACAGUGCGGGAAAGAGCUUCUCGCAAGAGGCGAUCUGAACAAUCACUUGAAGGUCCACGCCAGACAGAAGUCCAUCGCACAGACGCGUAGGGGAAGAGCUUCUCGUGCAAAGGGAACCUCAACACCCACACAAGAAUUCACACCGAGAGAAGCCCUACAUGUGCGACCAGUGCGGAAGAGCUUCAGGUUCAAAGCGACUCUCACUUACCACAUGAGCAUCCACCCAGAGAAACCCGCUUCUCUGCCAUCAGUGCGAAGGACUUCACGACGGCAGCCUUCUCAAGGUUCACGUGAACGGGUCACGGCGGAGAGAAGCCUAACAUGUGCCAUCACUGCGGAAGAGCUUCACAAGCGCCACACCCUUAAGAAUCACAUUCGGUCCACACCGGAGAGAAGCCCUUCACCUGUGCCCAGUGCGAAGGAGCUUCGGGCCAUAAAGAAAAACUCAUGGACUCACAAGAGAAUUCACUCUGGGGUCAAGCCGCUCACCUGCCAGCACUGUGGAAAGAGUUUCGCAUCGAAGGGAAACUUUAAGAGACACGUGUGGGCGCCACGAGGAAAAACGAAGAGUGAAUUAACUGAAGAUGCCUACGGCUUUUUCUGA